AUGGUGCCCCUGCUGCUGCUGCCCCUGCUGUGGGGGGGGGGGUCCCUGCAACAGAAGCCAGGCUACCAGUAUAAGCUCCAAGUGCAGGAAACAGUGACAGUGCAUGAGGGUCUGUGCGUCCAAGUGCCCUGCUCCUUCACCUACCCUUGGAGUUCGUGGUCUUAUAGAAACCUCUACACCUACUGGUACCGCGAUGGAGACAACACAAUCUCUGAUGAUCCUGUGGCCUCAAGCAAACAAUAUGGAAAAGUGAAGGCAGAAACGAAAAACCGAUUCAUCCUCGCAAACCCGAGUUCUGACUGUUCCCUGAUCAUCACAGACGCCAAGAUGACUGACACAGGAUGCUACUUCUUCCGAGUGGAGAGAGGAAACUGUGAGAUAUAA